AUGAAUGCGAACGCACACGAACACGAACUGGGUGAUCCCAAAGUACUGAAGCAAAUUAGUUGUGACUUAUAUCGUGAAGCUAGCUCAGCUCGUGGACCUCUGUCCCGGCGUCUUCGCAGACGAAUUCGUCGCUUACCUAAGCAUGUACGAAGGGAGGUGGCUAACGCUAAACAUGGUGGUUGUUCGUCGCUGUUCAUCGCCUGUCGCGAAGGCAACUUAGAAAUAGUUGACUACCUAUUAAGGGUGUGUGAUGCCGACAUCGAGCAAAGAGGAAUCCUUACAUAUCCCCCGGAUGAGGAAGAUGAAUUGCCUGAGAUGAAUACGAUUAACAAUGUUACUCUACUGUGGUGUGCUUGCGUUUCAGGUCAUCUUUUACUAGCGACAUACCUUGUCAUGGAGGGUUGCGAUGCAAAUGCUCCCUCUGACACCGGCUCAACGCCUGUGAGAGCUGCCUGCGCAAUAUCAAACAUCAAAAUGGUUAAGUUGUUAGUUGAGUACGGAGCGGAUAUCCACAAGCCAACUUCCAACGGUACAACCUGUCUCAUCGACGCUAUAGAAUCUGUCCCAUUAUGCAGCUAUCUAAUAAGCUUAGGCGCUGACGUAAAUGAACGCGAUUCGUAUGGCAACACUGCUCUGCACUAUGCGGUUGAGAGCAAAACUCGUAAUAUCGAAAUGGUUCAAUUACUGUUGAAUCAUGGAGCCGAUCCGUUCGCUAGAAAAAGUUCCGGGGAUGACGCACUGCAGCUAGCAUGCAUUGUGGGAUCUGUACAAAUAGUGGAUUAUCUUUUGAGCAGCGUAAAUUACUCACAAGAAAGAAAGGCCGAUGCUCAUAUGCUGUUGGGUUCAACGUUAAUCUAUUAUCAACACAACGUGGAAAAUGUAUUACACCGCUUGCGGUUGGCUUAUGAAAUUCGAAUGGGUGGAGGAAAUUCCAUUCGAAACAGACCAUCAAUCCCGCCAAGAGUCGCCUAUGGAAAUAUGGUUGAGUUUACUACUAUUGCCGAAUUUGAAGGAAUCGCCCAUGAUGUGAUUGCAUUGACAAUGCAGGGUAUGGUCAUUCAAGAGACGAUAUUGGGAGUCGACCAUGAGUACAUACUACAUAGACUAAUGAUACGAGGAUAUUUCUACAAAGAAUCUAGACAGUUCCAGAUGUGUUUAGACCUAUGGAUGCUUGCGUUGCAAGUGCGAAUUCGGAAGCAUACCAUAUUGGACAGUGAAACGUGUGAUUCAGCUCGGGCCGUCGUGAAGUUGAUGAUGUAUUUGGUAGUUGAAAAUGAGCCCGAUAUGCUACAAUUCAAAGAUGUCUACGAGACGUUCCAGUUUUUGACAUCGGACCUCACUGAGAGCCACCAGUUGCUCAGUAUUGAGCCGGCUGAUCAAAUCCAACAGAAAAAUUACGAUUGUAUACUCCAUUGCCUGAUACUUCUGAUGUACUUUCUACUUACCGUUGCCAAUAGCGAGGAUGAACACCGUUUGAUCAAAAGCUCUGUUCAAGAGCUUGUCCGUAAGGAUAUUCGUAGUGUAGCCGACGGAACACUGCUUCAUCUGUCAGUAUCGAACACAUCAGUGCUACGCAGUAAAUUCUUCUCACAUGACCGUGAAGAAGACGACUUAUUUUCCAACUUAUUCGUCACAAAGUUGCUGUUGGAAUGUGGAGCCCAGGUCAAUACGUACGAUAAUACAAAAUCUACGCCACUGCUUCUGGCUUCCAAGCGAUACUAUUAUGAGAAAGAGAUAGUGCACACUCUGAUCGCGCAUGGUGCCCAUCUGGAUUCUACGAAUGUGUUCGGCGAGCGUCCUUCGUGGCUACUUAAGCGGAGUCUGGGGAAUGGUAUUCUUCCGAAUGAACCCGCUUCCCUAAAAUGCCUCUGCGCUAACGUCAUCACCGCGUCAGGCAUUCCCUAUCGGAACAAAAUUCCCAAUGCACUGGCACAGUUUGUUUGGGUGCACGAUACAUGUGUUAAGCGAUUGUAA